AUGUCUGAACAUACUUACGUCAGUGAUGAAAUACUAGAAGAUUUUCAGAAUGGUCUGGCAUCAUUAAUUGAACAUAUAGAAAGUUAUGAAGAAAAUAAUUUAGAAUCAGAAUUAAAAAUUGCAGAAAUUUUUCAAGAAUUAUUAUCAGCUUAUGAGGAAGAAUCAAUUAAUCAAAAUCAACUUAUAGAUUUCCUUUCAACAUCAAUUAAAAAUGAUAGUAUAGCAAGAAUAUUUUGUCAAAUCUUUAAUGAAUUUGAUAAUGAUGAGAAGUUCACUAACUUGUUAAAUAUUUUACUACUGAAAACAAAUUUAUUAAAAGCUGAAACAUUGGCAAGGUAUAUAAGUGCAGACGUUAUAAAAAAAUCAAAUUUAGUUACACCAGCUGCAUUCACUAAAAAAGUAAAUAAUAGUGUUAGAAGUGAAUUUUUAACUCAAAAGAAAUACAAUUUAAUACAUGAAGAAACUGAAGGUUACUCAAGGUUUGUUAUAGAAUUAUAUUAUAUUUUUAAAUAUGAAGAAAUUGCUGACCAAACUGAUUAUGUUUUACAAGUAAUUGAAAAAUUAAUAGGUCAUUACAAUCUUGAUCCAAAUAGAUGUUUGGAAUUAUUGUUGGAAGUAUUUUCAGAUGUUAUAGUGUCUCAUUGUCAAGAAUGUCUAAAUUUGCUUAGAAAAAGUAGAUGGUGGCCGAUAGAAGAAAGUGAUAAUUCAUCAUUGUCAAGUCUUAGUAAAGGAGGUAGUGAAAAAGCUUCAAAAAUAUUUGGUCUUCGUUUAAUGAAGUAUCCUGAUGGAAAAGAUUUACCAGAAACUUAUAAAAGUUUGAUUGCAAUAUUGAUUAAAGAAGGUUUUCUUAGUUUUGGUGCUAUAUUCAAAUAUCUAAAACCCGACGAUGAAAGUAUGAAAGUGUUGGACGAAGCAUACAAGAGUAAAUUGAAUGAAGAAGUCGUUAAAGCUGGUGCAAAUGCAUUAGCUCUUGCUGCUCCAUUAGCAGAUGAUGAAGAAGAUGGACAACCUAAAAAAAAAGAAGCUGAAAAGAAAGUUGAAAAACCAGUAGAUCUACAAGAAAUGUUGCAUACUAAUCAAAUUUAUCAAUUAUUACGUGUAUUAAUUAGCAAUGGUGUAUAUUAUCCUUCAGUUUUCAUAUUGUCAAAAUAUCCAUACUUAGCAAACAUAGAUUCAGAAAUAACAGAACUAAUGAACAGGUUAAUAGAACAAUGUUUAGAUCCAUUUUACAACAAAAUUCAAUCUUUUACGGAUGAUGAAUUGAGAGAUUUACAAGAAAUGCAAGGGAUUGCAUAUUCUCGACCAAAUAAUGGAGUUAGUUAUGAACCAGUUGAAAUAUUUCACAUUCUCAGUUUUAAACCAACAAUAAUAGAUUUUGGUCAGAAGAAAUAUAUCUACUUUUACAGAAAUUGGAUUAAAAAGUUACCAGCUGUUGAAGAUUUCAAUAGUUUGAAGCAAUUUUCGAUUGAGUUUCUCAAUUUUCAAGGUCCAAAAAUUUCAGAAAAUUUACCAUUGGUUCAAAAAUUAUGUGAAUGUGUAUUGCAUCACUUUCAAAAUCACCCAGAAGAUAGAGAUGAGGUUUUCUUUUACUUUAGAAAUUUCAUAUUCCCAGUAAUGCCGUUAAUUGAAGAGAAUUCCAUAGUUAUAGACAAAGCUUAUUCAAUAUUAGCUCCCUUUUCAUUAGAAGAAAGAUUUAGUCUUUAUGGUGAAUUAUAUAACAACUUACGUAAAAACAAUCCAUUAAUUCAGAUGGCAUAUAGUAAAGCAGUAAAAUCAACAAAAGAUGUUUUGAAAAGAUUAUCUAAGGAAAAUGUUCGUCCAAUGAUGAGAAGGUUAGCUAAAAUUAGUUUUUCAAAUCCACUAGCAUGUUUAUUAACUGUAUUACAACAAGUUGAGAGUUAUGAUAAUUUAAUACCAUUAAUUGUUGAAACAGCAAGAUACUUUAAUGACUAUGGCUGGGAUAAUUUAACAGCAGCAAUUUUAAUUAGGCUAUCAUCCAAUAGAUCAAGUACACAACAUCAUGGAAUGGUUGAACGUCAAUGGAUACAAUCUUUAGCUUCUUUUAUUGGUAGAAUUUGUCAAAGAUACCCAAAAGCAAUUGAUAUUAAGACGAUUUUGAAAUUUAUAAUUGAGGGUUUUAAAUCUGGUGAUAAUAUUGGUGUUUUGAUAUUAAGGGAAAUGUUUACAUCUAUGGGUGGUAUUCAAUCAAUAACUAAUUUGACUAUUCAUCAAAUCGAUAUGAUCAAUUCAGGUUCAUCUUUGCAAAAGAUUAUUUACAGGAAUAUUGAUGAUUUGAGAUACGAAAGAACAAUUUCAGGUAAUCAUUUAAUAAAUAGUAUUACUGAAUUAAAUGCAAUCAAUGAAAUUUUAGUAUAUUUCUGUUCAAUUGCCAAUGAUUUAGUUUUUGAUAGUGAUGAAAAUCAUUUGAAAAUUUUAUCAAGUAAAGAUGACGAUUUAACAGCAGUUAUUAGAUUAUUUACAACAUUAAUUAGUUUCUUCAAUCAUGAGAAUGAUCAAUUAGAUUCAAUUAAAAAUUUACAAAAGACAGGAAUUCCAUUAAAAUGGGGAUUUGAAAUUUGGAGAAGUUUUAUUCAAGAUGUUAAUGAUUUGAUAGAAUUAAAACCACAAGAAAUUGCUUCAGGUAAAUUAUUUGCAUAUUUUUGGAAAUUAACAUUACAUGAUAUAAAUUAUUCAGAAACAUUAUAUGAUGGAGCAAUUGUGAAAUUAGAAUCAAAUGUUCGUAGUUUAAAUGAAUCAAUAUCAAUAAAUUUAAGAAAAAGUUCAGAUUUACCGAAAGAAAAACUUGAUCAAAUGAGAGAUCAAUUGUAUCAAAAUGAAGAGUUUUUAAAACAAAUACCUAAAGAUAAAGACGUACAUAAAGAAGAAAAUGAAAAAAUUGACCAAGAGAUAAUUGAAAAUUCAGUUGAUUGGUUUAAAGAGACUCAAAUUAAUAAAUUUAUUGAAUUAUGUGUAAUACCGAGAGCUAUUCAUUCAUCAUUUGAUGCUGUUUUUGUAUCAAGAUUUUUAUUUAAAUUACACACCUUGAAAAUUGAAAAGUAUUCCAUAGUUUCAGUGUUAGAUCAAUUGUUCAAGUCAAAAUUAUUAUUUGGAAUUUUAUAUUCAUCCACAUCAACAGAAUCUGAAAAUUUGGGAUUAUUAAUUGCAGAUAUAUUAAGAACUUUACAACAAUGGAUUGAUAAUGAAAUUAUUGAUGAAAAUUUACCAGACCUAGAUUCAUUUAAAUCUUUAGUUCAUGAAUAUCAUUCAAUCAUAUUGGAAGAAAUUGAAACAUCAUUUAGAUCAGAUGAAUAUAUGGCACGUAGUUCAACAAUCACAUUUACCAAGAAUUUAUUAGCUGUUUAUCCAAUUGUUGACGAUCAUUGUAAUGAAUUAGUUAAAUUAAUUGCAAAUAUUUCACAAACUGAAACAAGGGAAGAUUUGAAAUUAGCAUCAUCUGCAUUGUUAGGACAAAUCAAAUUAAGAGCUAAGGAUGCAAAACUAAUUUGGGAUGUAAUUACAAUUAGUGAAGAGGAAAAGCAAAACAUAAUCGAAGAAAAAGAAAGAAAAGCUAAACGUGAGGAUGCUAAAAAAUUAGCAUUAAUUGCAAAAGAAGAAAAAGUUAAAAAAUUAAGAGAAGAACGAUUGGGAAAAGAAAAACAACAAAGGGAAGAAGAAAAAUUAUUGAAAAAACGUGCUGCAUCAUCAAAUUUGUAUACAUCUUCAAAUGCAGUGGGUACAAGACCGGAUUCAAGAGCAACAAGUUAUCCAAAAUUAGGAAAAUAUGAUGACUAUGCUCGAACGACAACUCCAAAAUUAGAUUUGCCAACUGGACCAUCAAAAGAACCUACACCUAGAUUGAAACAAAGAGUCGAAGAAUUAAAGGAGAACUAUCAAAAAGAGAAGUCACCGGUUAUGCAAUCGCAAGCUAAACCUGAGAAUACAAAACUUGAGAGUGCAAAACCUGAGAUUCGAAAAGCUGAAGAUGAAAAAGUUAAGGACGCAAAACCUAAUUCUCAAUCAUCUUCAUCAUCUGUUCCAUCAGUUAAAAGAGGGGUUCCAUUAAAGCCACAACAAGACGAAAUAAAAAUUCAGAAGCAAGAGGAAGAAAAGAAGGAACAAUCACCACCAUUAAAACGUACACCAUUACCACCGCAAGAUGUGGUUCUUUCAAGCGAAUCAGCACAACAAUCAUUUGGAUUUCAAAAAGAUAAAGUUUAUCAAAAUAGGCAAGAUUUUGGAAAAUCAGAUUUCGGAAAACCGGAUUUUGGAAAUCAUGAUAAUAAUAGACCAUUUCAAAGAAAAUCAUUUGAUAACUCACCAAUUCAUAGAUCUCAAAUUCCACAAGCUCCUCCAGCUAUAAAAUCUGAUACUAAUAUACCCAUGAGACAAUAUCAUAAUGGUUUUAAAAAUUCAUUUAAUAAUCAACAAAAUACAAGAUUUAACAAUAAUGGUCAAUUUGAAGAUACAAGAUCUAGACAACCAAAAGCGACUUUUGAUAACAGACAAAAUAGAAACUUUGAUAAUCAAAAUAAUUUUGAUAACAGGAAUAGAAAUUUUGACACAAAUCAGAGUAAUUUCGAUAAUAGGCAGAAUCCAAAUAAAAGAAAAGGUGAUUUCAAUAGAAAUUAUGAUAAUAAACGUCCUAGAAAUUAG